AUGAAUCGUAUUUUGCGCCGGGGGUGGAAACCCACUUUUGCCGAGCGAAACACACUGUGGGUAGUAUCGCAGCGAACCUUUUACGCCUCCAAAUGGGUAAGGCGCUUACAACUACUGAAUGAAAAGUACAAUUAUAGAAUAAAUGCAGAAGACGAAGCAGAGUAUGAGGAAAAAAAAGAAGAUGAUCAAGUAGAGAAAAUAUACCCACUGUGGAACAGCAGAAGGACAGGAUUGUUGGCAUAUAAAGUGGGCUGUAUGAGCAUAUGGGAUGUAUGGGGAGUGAAGCACGCAGUUACAGUUGCCAAAGUAAAUAACUGCUAUGUCCUAAAUCAGAAGAAUAUUACAAAGAAUGGAUACGAAGCCUUGGAAGUAGGCAUAGGAAAUAUGAAUGUCAUUAAGCAAAGUAAAAAUAAUAUUGGAAAUUAUAUAAAAAGGAAGUUAGGAUUUAUACACAAAAUAAAAGAAUUCAAAUGUACGCAUGAUUGCUUUUUGCCUGUACAACACAAAUUUUCUGUAAGGCAUUUUUCCCCGGGGCAAAAUUUGUUUAUUAGCUCUACUGUAAAAAAUAAGGGUUUCUGUGGUGCCAUGAAGAAGUGGAACUUUAGUGGUAAGAACGCUUCACAUGGCACGGAAAGUAAAGCGCAUAGAAGCUUAGGUAGUGUGUCCAUGGGAAAAACCGUUAACAUUGUCUUUAGGCACAAAAAAAUGAAUACUCACAUAGGGGAGAAAAACCUCGUUAAAUGUAGCAACAACAAGCUAUUCCGAAUUAACAGCUUACAAAAUUUGUUGUUCAUAAAGGGAUCCAUUGGUGGGUAUAAAAAUAAAAUUAUUAAAAUUUCCGACGCCAAGGGAAGGGCCUUUAAUAAAUUUAAGGACAAAAUUUACCUAUACUAUCCCACCUUUAUAUAUAAGAAGAACAGGAAGUACAAGAAUGUUAUUGAUAUGCCUCACAGUUUGGAGGACCCCUUUCUGUACAACGAGAUUCCUCUUUAUGAGCCUACCAACAAGUAG